GGUUUCCUAUUAAGUAACUUUCUUUCAACUUUGGUCGCCCACUUUUCAACAUGUUACGUUACUGGAGUAUAAUUUUUCUUAUAAAUUGUGCGUUCUGCACGGAAACGCAAAUAACACAAACCGUUUACGGAUUUUUGGAUUUCACAACAACUAUUGGAAAUACUGUAAUGGUAUUUUCUCCACAAAGUGCUCCCCCAUUAGAGAUUUCCAUUCAUAAAACAACACCGAAGCCUACAAGUAUUAUUGAAACCAGACCGAACACGAAACAGAAUGAGCCUAGUAAAGAUGGUAUUAAACCGACGCCACUUAUCGCGACCAGUUCAAAAGAAGAAGCCGAAACAACUUCCUCAUUUGAAAACAAUAAUAUAAUAAGUCUAUCCAACACGCCAAUUAAAACAUUGGACUAUCCAGAAUAUGCCUUACUAUCUCGUCAACCUGAAGAGUUUGUAGAGGAAACUUUCCGUUUGGUGAACUUAAAAUCCCGAUCAGAUGGCGAUAGACAACGAAUCUAUCCGUCAAAACGGGACAACACUCACAAUCUUUCCUCUGGAUUGUACUCAAAUAAGAAGAGCGAAAGCGUUAGUAAAAUCAGUGCAAUCAGCGCAAAAUCCUCAAUCAAAUAUGCGCAAUCUCCUCAAUCAGUGAGCAGUUCAGAAAAAAGAAACAAAAACCGUUCGCAGUCGUCAUCACGCGUUUUAAAAACGAUAACUCCUCAAUCAAGCAGGACGGUGGAAUCGACACCACAGCAGAAUGGAUUCACUAAAAGUAGUCGUAAAAGCAAUAGGGAUCCAAGUGAAAAGCGAAAAUCGUCGCGAAAUAAGGGAAAGAGGAGACAUAAAAAUACUCAUAGUUCAAGCAUUCAAAUCACGGCAACGGCUGUUGACACAAGCUCGCGACGAUCUUUUAGAACCAAAACCAAUCAACCAUCCUUACCAUCUCUUCCAUCUCCACCCUCAGAGGAAAACUUUGCAAAUCUUGGGCAAAACACUUUAAAACUAAAUAGGCGGCCUGGUCGCUGGCAGUAUAAAUCGGCUCCAAAACCCAAAGUUAAUAUAAGGAAAACAUCCAACAGCACAAACAAUAGUAAAAAUGCUACAAGCGCCGAUAGCAUAAAUGAAGCUAUUUUAGAGACGGACGAUAAAUUUGCCACACAAAAACUGAAUAAUCUAGGUAGAGAUUUGGAGGCGGUCGGUUCGCAAAAUUCUGUUGUUGCUGAUAAUGAUGAAUUGAAACCUAAAAACUUUGUGCGUACAUUAAAUGUGGAGAUAUCAACACCCAGCAAUUUUGUUGACACUUACUAUGAAAUCGCAACCAUAAAAAGUCCAUUUGUUUUCCAGGCUGGACUUGUGAAGAAGACCAGGUUUUUGACGAUAACAUCAACUAUAGAGAAAACAUUGAAAACCGAUCAAAUUGAGGAGUAUUCCAAGGACGAUGGCCCCUUGUCCGAAAAUAUUUUGGAAUCCACAAUGGCGAUGAAUGAACCAUCACUGGAUGGAAGCAUAUCGACUUUAAAACCCAUUUAUAUUACUGACAGCCUAGAGACCCCGGAAUUAGAGACAAUAACCGAUUCAUUUUCAGUUACACAAACCAAAUUGCGAACUCAAAUCUUGCCAAUUAUCUUUGAAAAGAAGAAUGAGACUGUACAAAUAACACUAGUGCAAACUUUUGAUUAUACUAGUUUAGUAACCGUUACGCAGACAAUUUCGCCAUUUAGAGACAAUUUUAUUCCAGCAAAGAACUUUAAAGAUUUCGCUGCUAUUUUAGAUGAGGCUGGUUCUGAAUUAAACUUGGAUCUCGAGUUUGGUGAUGAAGGCAAUGGAGGGCAGUUUGAGGGAAAAGUUAAAUUGGAAUCAAAAGGAAAUUCAACAAACAUUAUUCCUAACAUUCAAUCAGAAAAAAUAAAUAUUCCUGAAAUUUCCGUUUUAAAUCCACUUAAUCCCAGUAACAACCUAAUUACAUCCACGCGUCCUGUUAUUAAGCUUGAAACUAUUUGGGAAUCAUACGUAGUACCACUUGUUAGAGGAACAGACAGUGUGUUGAGAACAUUGUCGAAAUCCGUUGGCGUAGUCGAGAAGACGGAAUAUAUUACCGAAGUUUCAACAUUGCCAGUGCUCCCCAUGUCACAAUAUCCAUAUUCUAUUAAUCCCUUUUAUAAUCCUCUCUUGCAACUACCCCAACAGCAACUAAUCACAUCCACUUCGAUUCUUAACACAUUGGUUACUGCAACAAGCAGCAAAGUAUUAAAAUUAACAUUUGGAGCUAGGACCGCAUAUACCACAAUAUUCUCCACUUCAGUUGUUCCAACUGAAGUCACUCAGUUGAUAACUGCAACCCUUCCAGUUCAAAAUCAAGGAGCAUUCCCGAACUAUUAUCCACCUCCGUACCCUCCAUUCGGUUAUGUUGGUUAAUCAAUCAAUCAAGUAUUGCUCCUAUAGUAGAUUCUUCUGCACUACUAUCAUCCAUAAUACUCAAAUUUAUUUCCAAUACUCAUUUAUCGACCCUACAUUUUUUUUUU